CGCAGCAGCCUCACGAGCCCCGUGCCCGGCCUCAUCGCCCACUACCAGGUCCCCACCCGCCGACUCCGCCGUCAGUUCGGCCCGAUCCCGCGCGGAACGCAUGGUCCGCAUCCCCAGGAGGGCGGCCGAGGGCCGCUGAGCGCAGGGCUCUCCUCCGCCGAUGCGCCCGGCCGCCGGGGCCGGGGGUACCCCGCCGCACCGGGCCCGGGACUGAGCCGCCCCCUGCGUCCGGAAUGCCCGGCCCGGCCCGCCGCCCGCUGCUGCCCAGGGCCCAAGCCCGCGCGGCGCUCACGCAACCCGGCGGCGCCGCGUAGCCGAGCGGGAGCCGUGGCCGCGGGAGGCCCGGGCGUGGGGCGUCAAGGUCACCAGCCCGACGGGGCGCACGCCGCCACUGCCGCCAUGGAGGCCAAGGUCCGACCAAGCCGACGCUCGCGCGCGCAGCGGGACCGCGGCCGGCGCCGGGAAGCUGCCCGUGACGCCCGUGCGCAGAGUCCGUCGUCGGGCGACGAGCCCGAGCCCAGCCCCGGCAAGGAGAACGCGGGCCUCCGCGGCGCGCCGCCCCGCGCCACCCCCGCGCCCCGUGCCGUGCGUCCCCCACGCCGCCGCCGCCGCGAGUCCAGCUCGCAGGAGGAGGAGGUCAUCGACGGCUUUGCCAUCGCCAGCUUCAGCACCCUGGAGGCCCUGGAGAAGGACAUGGCCCUGAAGCCACAGGAACGGAAGGAGAAAUGGGAACGUCGCCUCAUGAAGAAACCCCGAGAGUCUGAGAACUGCCCACCUGCAGAGCCGAGUGAGCACAGGCGGCCCCUGGAGGCGGGCAGCCCCAGGCAGGACUUGGAGCCUGCCUGCGACGGGGGGCCGAGGAAGGUCCCACUGCAACCCUCCAAGCAGAUGAAGGUCACCGUGUCCAAAGGAGGUGACCGGGACAGUGAUGAUGACAGCAUCCUUGAAGCCACCAGCUCCCAGCGGAGCAGCUCUCGGGACCAGCUCAGUGACAGCUCAGCGCAGGCGGUCUCGGGGAGAGGCUACUCUUGUGACAGCGAGAGUGGCUUGGAUGAUAAGGCUUCAGUGGGUUCUGAGAAGCUCUUUGCCCCAGCAGCUGAUAAAGGCCCCUCGCAGCACGAGAAGCCAGAGGCUAAGGCUGGGGCAGUGCCCAAAGUGUCGGGCCUGGAGCGAAGCCGAGAGCUUAGCACCGGGUGCUUCCCACCUGCCAGCCCUGCACCCCUCGCACCCUGCCCAGGGGCCCCGCCUGUCCUCGCCAGCUCCCUGGUGAAGAAAGAGGCCCCGGCUCCGCCCCGCCAUACCCUGCAGCCACCGCCAGCACCCCCUCAACCCCGCGGCGUGCUCCAGACACACGUGCCUGCGUCCCUGGGCGCCUUCGCAGGCCCAGGACCUGGCCCAGCGGUGCCCCACAGCCUUCACGGCCUCAGGAGCAGCAGCACGGGCAGUGGUGCCGCCCUGGGCCCGGCCAAACACGUGUCGCUGUCGCAGCACGGGCCAGGCCCCCACCUGUCUACCUCACAUCUGGCGCUCAGAUCCCAGGCGCAGCACCAGCACCACGCGGCAGCCAUGUUCGCUGCCCCAGCAACACUGCCCCCACCCCCAGCGCUGCCUGCCAGCAGCCUGGUCAUCCCAGGACACCCGGCCGAUCACGAGCUGCUCAGGCAAGAGCUGAACACGCGGUUUCUGGUGCAGAGCGCCGAGCGGCCUGGUGCCUCCCUGGGCCCGGGGGCUCUGUUGCGGGCGGAGUUCCACCAGCACCAGCACACGCACCAACACACACACCAGCACACACACCAGCACCAACACACAUUCGCCCCCUUUCCCGCAGGGCUGCCCCCGACGCCGCUCACGCCGCCCGCUGCACCCCUGCCGUUUGACAAGUACACUCCCAAGCUGGACAGCCCCUACUUCCGACAUUCCAGCGUGAGUUUCUUCCCGCCCUUCCCUCCCGCCAUCCCUGGACUGCCUGCCCUGCUUCCACACCCCGGUGGCCCCUUUGGGUCUCUGCAGGGUGCUUUUCAGCCCAAGACUUCAAACCCAAUGGAGGUAACAGGCAGGGCCAGUGCUGUUCACACGCUCCUGCAGAAAGCCCCUGGGGUCUCUGACCCAUACCGGGCAGUGGUCAGGAAACCAGGGAAGUGGUGUGCCGUGCACGUGCAGAUCGCGUGGCAGAUCUACCACCAUCAGCAGAAAAUAAAGAUGCAGUUGGAUCCGCAUAAGCUGGAUGUGGGCACCAAGUUGGACCUGUUCGGCAGACCCCCUGCCCCAGGCGAGUUUGCUGGAUUCCACUAUCCACAGGACCUGGCCCGGCCACUCUUCUCCAGUGCAGAUGGGAGGCCUCAGAUGCACUCUUUGGGCCUCUGUCGACUUGGCUUCCCUGCAGGUGCUGCCCAUCCUGCCACCAACCCCUUCGGACCCUCGGCCCCCCCUGGCAGCUUCCUGCCCACUGGUCACCUGGCAGACCCUUUCAGCAGGUCGAGCAGCUUCGGGGGCCUGGGCAGCCUCAGCAGCCACGCCUUUGGGGGCCUGGGCAGCCAUGCUCUGACUCCCAGCAGUGGCAGCAUCUUUGCCCCCAAGGAGAGCUCCUCAAUGCACAGCCUGCCCAGCCCCCAUGAGACCUGGAACCGGCUGCACCGGGCACCACCCUCCUUCCCCACGCCACCCCCAUGGCCCAAGUCCAUGGACACCGAGCGGGUCUCAGCACUGACUAACCACGACAGAGAGCCAGACAAGGGCCGGGAGGAGCGGGAGCGGGACCUCCUGGAGAAAACACGCCUGCUCAGCCGGGGCUCACCAGCGGCCCCCAUGGGUCACAUGGUCAGCAGUCUUCUCCUUCGAGGCCAGGGCGGCCAGAGCGAGCUGGGCCGUUCCGGGGUUCCCACAGAGCGUGAGGCCGAGCCCCGAGUUAAAGAGAGCUGUUCCCCAGCCAAGGAGGAAGUGGUCAAGCCAGCAGUGCGCCUGCCCUCACCCUGCAGCAAGGCGACCUUGGGCGACGUGAAGGUCAAGGAGGAGCGGGGUGCGGAUGAGGCGCCGGAGCCCCCAGCCUCCGGCCUGCACCCUGUGCCCGUGCCGCUGGGUAUGGGCCGUGAACGCCUGAGCGCACCAGGCUUCGCUUGGGAGCCCCUGCGGGAGGCCUACCGCGGCCUGGAGCUGCCCCGGCGCGCCUUCCCUGCUGGCCCAGGCCCCGCCAGCCUCUUCGAGCCCCCCGAACGCACAUACCGCGACCGCGAGCCACACGACUAUAGCCCAGAGCACCUGCGGCUGCCGCGCCGGGAAGAGCUAGAGCGCCCGCGGGGCCCAGGUCUGGACGGCACCCCACACCCACCUCCUGCCCUGAGCGCACCGCACCUGCCCCGCCUCGGACUCCUGGCGCGGACCCCGCCGGCUGCCGCCACAGCCGCGCUGGGUGCCCCGCCCCCUCUGGUGGCCGGGCCCCCCACACCACCUGCGCCACGGAGCAGGACUACCCCGCUUGAAGGCCUUGGGCCAGGCGAGGCAUGCGGGUACUCUCCAUCCCGCAACCCUCCUGAGGUGGAGGCGCGGUAGUCCCGCUGCCCCAUAGACACUUUCACACGUGCACUGCUGUAAACUUUUUUAAAUGUAAAUUUCUAAAACUUAAGCACAGUUCCAUCAAAUCUUGGGGUUGACAGCUCUUCCGCAAAGCCUGCGGACUCGGUGAAUUUACUGUACAGCUUUUGGGGGGCGGGCUUUUCUUUUCUGAGCUUGACAUUAGGCUAUUGGGAAAAAAUUCAAGUUUGUACCUUUCUUUCCCACAGGAGAGAAGCAUUUUUAAUGAAUUUGUAUUUUUCUUAAUUUUGUGCUCUUUAGACACUUAACCAAAAAAGAAACUUUUGCUUCUUGGUUUUUAGUUGGGAUUUGCAAGGUAAUGGCCUCAGAUCUCUCUCCAGAGCCCCAGGGUUUCAUUGUCUUAUUUAUGGAGGAAAAAACGGUCAUUUUGUCCAACGCACUGUGAGGCUCCCCACUCAGGCCUGGCCCUGGCCCUCCCUUGGUACUUGGAACCGAAGUUACAGAUAUAUAUUAAAAUAAUAAUUAAUAAUAAUGUACAAAA